CUAACUAGUGGUCAUACUACACUAUACAGUAGACAAUAUACCUAUCAGUGCAUUAAGCAAGCAGGAAUGCCAGUUGUACGCGAUCGCAUGUUUAAGAUUCUCAAAGAUAUUGAUCCUGCUGGAGUUGCUAGUCGCCGUCUCCAUCUUACUACCCAGCCCCGUGGAGCCUUCAGUGUCCCCGGGCCUAACUUUUUCUGGUCUAUUGAUGGUCAUCAUAAACUGAGUAUGUAUGGAAUCGAGAUAUAUGCAGGAAUUGAUACUUUUUCUAGGUACGUGAUUCUAAGCUACUACUCCUCUGUUGCAUGAUUGGCCUAGUACAGUGAGAGCUAUGUCCGAUUAGGUAUCAAUCUAUCUUGGCAUUUCCACUAGCGUAAUUAGUGUCCAUUAGCCCCCCAACAGUGGGUAAAUUCUCACCGACCGGUUACCCUCGCACUAAAUGCAAACCAAUUGACUUACAAAUAGACUAAUCUGCAAUGGCCAAUAGGUAUAUUCCGUGGAUCUAUGUUGGAAUUUCUACCCAUACCGGUAUCUCCUGCCUUAGACAAUACCUGCAAGUUGUAGCAAGUACGAGGUUAUUACCACACUCAAUUCGCUCGGAUAGGGGUACCGAAACAAUGAUGAUGGCAAGUGCUCACUGGCGCCUGCAUCAAGCAAUCUGUCCUAGCUGCCCAUUCCAUGAUGUCUGGUGGUAUGGUACUUCUACCCUCAACCAACGUAUUGAGGCAUGGUGGCGGCAUAUGAGCCGGAGCCAAACACUGGCCUGGAAGGUAUGAAUGACUGCAUAUUUCCCUAUACAGUUAAAUAGUUUGAAUAGUCUCUAAUUUAAAACUCUAUUGCUAGCAAUAUUUCGAUGACUUCGGGAGCAAUGGGCUGUAUACGGAUUCAGAACCCUACCGCAUAGUCUUACUUUAUGUCUACUUUCCCCUUGUACGAGAUGAAAUUUACAACUUCGUUCACUUAUGGAAUAAUCAUAGGAUUCGCUCCCAGAAAAAGCAG